AUGUGGCAAAUUUUAUGGCAAGAACAGGUAAAAUGGAGCGAACCUGUUCCUGAUGAAAUAAAACGAGAGUGGUACAAUUAUAAAACGAAGCUCUUAGAGUUGAAUGAAUUAAAAAUACCACGUCAAAUUACAAUAAAAGAAGAAAUAUGUGGUAUGCAAAUCCAUGGUUUCGCGGAUGCCAGCGUGAAGGCCUAUGGUUGUUGUCUAUACUUAAGGUGUUCAGACCAUGCUGGAAAUCAUUUCUCAAAUUUAAUAUGUGCCAAGUCCAAGGUUGCCCCGAUGAAGACAGUGUCCUUACCAUGUUUAGAGCUGUGCGCCGCACAGUUAUUGACACGAAUAGCGUAUAAAAUAAUAUCAAAAAUGCAACUAAAUUUAUCAAAACAUCAGUAUUGGACCGAUUCCGAGGUCACCCUAUGUUGGAUCAAGUCGACUUAA